GGACACAGUCAACAAAAACUGUCUUGACUUUACCUCCUAUCGUGUGUCAUCUCUUGCUUCUACCUCAAAGCGAGUCGGGGUUUUUUUUUGGAAGUAGCCAGCUCUCUAACUUUUCUUAUAAUUAUUAGUUUUGAGACACAUUUGAACGGAAAAUCAUCCUUAAAGGACAAUGUCAGAUUUCGACAGAAACCCGUUCGCGGACCCGGAGAUCAGCAACCCAUUUCAGAGGAAGAGAUGCUCCCAGAAACUUAAGAGUCAGGGAGACAGCGAGAGGACUGCACUGAGACUGGAGAAGGAUAGCACUGCAGGAGUACGCAGAUUGGAUGUUGAUCUUGAGCAGCAAUUUGAAUGAAACUAGUGCGUGACUGACAGCAGCUGAUGGAUCCAUCAGUGACACAAAUACGACAGGCUGCUCCUCCAGGGUUGGAGGAGUACAACCCCUUCACAGAUGGCAAACCAGCGCCUCCGGGUAUGGCACCCAAGACUGCGGCACCCACCAUCAACACACAACCUGCCAUCAUGAAACCCACAGAGGAGCCUCCAGCCUACUCGCAGCCUCAGGAGCAGUCGGGAGCAGCUGCUGAGCUGUUGAGGAGACAGGAGGAGCUGGAAAGGAAGGCUGCAGAGCUGGAUCGCCGGGAGAGAGAAAUGCAGUCACUGAGUGCUUCAGGAGGCAGGAAAAAUAACUGGCCUCCCCUCCCAGAGAAGUUCCCUGUGGGUCCCUGUUUCUACCAUGACAUCACAGUGGACAUCCCUGUAGAGUUUCAGAAGACGGUCAAGAUCAUGUACUACCUCUGGAUGUUUCAUACUGGGACGCUGUUUGCUAACAUGGUGGGCUGCCUGGCCUGGUUCUGUGUGGAUGCGUCACGUGGGGUGGACUUUGGCUUGUCCAUCCUCUGGUUCUUGCUCUUCACACCUUGUUCAUUCGUCUGCUGGUACAGACCACUUUAUGGAGCAUUCAGGAGUGACAGCUCAUUCAGGUUUUUUUCUUUCUUCUUCGUGUACAUCUGUCAGUUUGGCAUCUACGUUAUCCAGUGUAUUGGCAUCACUGGUUGGGGCGCCAGCGGGUGGAUCUCAGCUUUGACCGGCCUGAAUCGCAGCAUCCCAGUGGGCAUUAUAAUGAUCCUCAUCGCUGCUCUCUUUACCUUCCUGGCUGCCAUGUCCCUCAUCAUGUUCAAAAAGGUCCACGCAAUGUACCGUACCACCGAUGCCAGCUUUGAGAAGGCCCAGCAGGAGUUCGCCACAGGCGUCAUGGCCAACAAGACGGUCCAGACGGCCGCUGCUACUGCCGCUUCCAGGGCUGCACAGGGAGGCUUCAAGGAGCAGAUCUGAUUGGCCUAGAGAGCUCGCUCCUCUCUCCGUCCAAACCCUUACCCUCCCCUCCUCGUCCUCCUCCGCUCACACCCAGCUUCCACUCGAGCCAACUGCCCUGUUUGAACACACGGAGAGUCUCCCAGCCCUCUGACAAUAUCGCAGUGGUUCAUGUGAGGGCACUACGCUUGGCCCUCCAGUCACCCAUGAUCUGUGAUCUCAGUCCGAGUGAGAAAACAACCACCUACUCUGGGAACCCUCACCCACGCUGCACUCCUACCACCCGUGUGUGUGUGUGUGUGUGUGUGUGUGUGUGUGUGUGUGUGUGUGUGUGUGUGUGUGUGUGUGUGUG